ACCAAGGCCAUUCAAGUAACUUCCCCCUCCAAUCUUCCUCUCCUCUCUCUUCACACCUUUUCUUUCCUUCUCCUCUGGCAUAGCUCAGAUAAGACCAGUGAGCCUUUGCGUGCUUCAUCACCUAACAUACGCUGCCACAUCCUUUGUUUCUCGUUUCUCAAUUUCUGGAAGUGAUGGGAUUUUAUCUUCUGAGGCGUUGAAUUGAAUCCAAGCUUUUCUAUUUGGCGCGAGGAUGGAAGCAGACAGCUCCGAUUUGGGUUCUGAAACGGUCCCAGACGUACCGCCUUCGCUGAAGGAGGGGCGCAUUUUGAGAGUGCAGAUUGAUACUUCUGCUCCGUUUGAAUCCGUGAAAGAGGCCGUGACCCGAUUUGAGGGUCUUGGCUUCUGGAAAUCCACCCGCGAUAAUCUGUCCACUCUUGAUCAGCAGGAAACACCAGAGCAUGACGCUGGAAAACUAGAGGAGGAGGCAACAGUAUUGGAGAAAGAACUGAUCCUGAAAGAAAAGGAAACUCUGGAUGUCUUGAAAGAACUUGAAAGCACCAAAAGGCUCGUUGAGGAUUUAAAGUCAAAGCUGCAGAAGGAAGAAUGUGAAGCCAAUUUGAGGAGCAAAGAAGAUAAGGAGAACCAAGUGAAUCAAUUGGACACGUUGAACCAUGGCUUUAGUCCCUACCCUUCAUCUAAACCAGGUCUGAUAUUGAUGGAGCUGAAGCAGGCCAAGCUGAACUUAACCAAAACUACAAAUGAUAUAGCCGAUGUACGAGCUUCUGUUAUAUCGCUUAAUAAGAAGCUAGAGAAGGAAAGAGCCUCACUCGAGAGAACUCGUGAGAGGUUAACUCACAAUUCUUCAAAAUUAUCUUCUUUUGAGGAAGAGUUGAGCCAGACAAGACUACGACUUCAAGUUGCAAAAGAUGAUCCUUCAGAAAUCACAAAAGAGCUUCACAGGUUGUGUUCUGAGGCAGAACAUUUCAAAAGAAUGGGAGAAGCUGCAAAAUCAGAAGUCUUGUGGACAAUGUCUGAGAUUGAAAGGACAAAAAGCAUGAUAAGAACCGCUGAAUUAAGGUUGAUUGCUGCUAGGAAGAUGAAGGAAGCUGCUAGAGCUGCAGAAUCUGCUUCGUUAGCAGAAAUUAAUGUACUAUCUAAUAAUCUCAAGGGCCCUUCUGAAGUGGUAACUCUUUCAUUUGAAGAGUAUAAUGCUCUAACAUCUAAAGCUCUGGAAGCAGAGGAAAACUCGAAAAGAAGAGUUACAGAUGCCAUGCUUCAAGCUGAUGAAGCGAAUUUAUCAAAAAUGGAGAUCCUGAAAAGGUGGAGGAGGCUGCAAAAGAAGUUCAAACCUGCAAGAAAGAUUUAGACGAAGCCAUGGAGAGAGUAGAGGCUGCAACCAAAGGGAAGCUAGCAGUUGAAGAGGCCUUAAGGAAGGGUCACGAAAGAAGGCCUUCUGUUGUACGUUACCCGGCAAAGUUCAAAAAUUCUCACCCUUCAUCUCAUCAUCAAAGAGGUUCUCUGUUAGUUGGUGUAAAUGGACUGGAACUGGAGGGUGAUAAAGCCAAACCGGAUGUUCCAAAGCCAAUUUUAUCAAUAGGAGAAAUACUGAGCAGGAAGCUGCUUCUUUCACAAGAGUUUGAAGCAGGAUCACUAGGUCACAUGCUUGGAAAACAAAAGGAUGAUUCAUACUUCAGUAAGCAGUUUUGUGCAAAGAGAAAGAAAUUCGGGCUUGCUAGAUUGUCACAUCUGUUGGGAAAUAAACAGAAGAAAAAGAAGCCAACUCUGAAUUUGAGGUGAUAUCGUUGAAACUUAAAUUGCAGCUUUUAUCGAGUCCACAUAGUUGUGCCUGCUUGGCUAGUAUCUUAAUUGUUUGUUGUUUGUCAAUUAUUUGGUUGAAGUCGGGGUUUAUGUAAUAACUAAUUAAAAGAUGUCGAACUAGUUGUUGAUAUGAUUGGUAUGAAUUAACUUAUUAUAAGCUA